AUGGAGCCUGGGACAAUUUUAACGAUCGUCCAACUCUCAUUUUCCGUCUUCGAACUUGGCUCUAAGAUAGCCCUCGAAUUUUUUGGGAAGAAUGACAAAGUUCCAGAUAAACUUAGACGUCUCAAUGAUCGACUUAAAGAAUUUCACACCAUCGUUGAUGGAAUAAUAGAUGGUGCCCACGAGGAUAGCGCCUCAUCGGGCCUUAUCUACCCCGGGGCUGACGCUAUUAUUGAGACUCUAACCGAGUGCAACAAUUUCCUCCGCCAAUAUGAGUCGGCGUUAUUAGCAGGUCGAACAUUCAGUGGAACUAGUCAACGACUCGCCCUCGUCGUUGGCCCGGAUAAUUCUAGGAUCCAGGAUCUUCAUAGAAGAAUAUUAGAUCACUACCCAGCACUUCAACUAUGGAAAACGACUGGCCUGGAAAAGGCGGUUAUGCAGCUUGGAGAAUCAAUGAUCGCGAAGCACCAAAUCAGUAGUCAGUUAAACCCAGCGCCUAAUACGAUAGCUGAAUCAUCGCUGCAGCCCGAGUCACCCGAGAGGUCUGUUGAAGAAGCAUUUGUUAGCUUUACUGCUACCCAAGUAGCAACCCCUACGCUCAGAGCAGUUUCUCGGAAUCCCUCCCUCCCUUCGAUAAACGAGCUUCCAUCGCCGCAAGUAGGAGAAUACUCAUUCUCCGACGCAGGGUCGUAUCGACAGCGUCAAUCAGGAUCAGAGGUCGGUCCUGUUCUGGCACAUCUUAGAGGCUAUGGCCGCGAAAAUAUAAUGAAUGAAUCAACGCGUACCGGGCCUACGAACAAUACGGCAUCAUUAUCUCCGGUAGGGCUGUCGACUUCACCAACGUCGCACUCCCGUCGCCUAGGACAUUCGGUAUUAUUACGUAUCGGCUCCCAGUCAUACCAACUAAGUAGUAGCGACUACAGGGUCCUUGACAUUGGUAGAGAUAGAGUGAUAGAAUGGACCAAUAGUAGCUCUCGACUUAUAAUUCAACAUUUCGUUCCUGAUAGACGUGUCAUUCCAUAUACGAUACCUGGGGACUCAGGGCCCUACAAAGUGCGAUUUCUCCCGAUAAACGCCUCGCACCAGUUCAAACUUAUAACGAUAGAUAAUGGAACCGAGAGUCUCCAAGAGAAACCGGAGUACCGAUUUCGGCGUAAGGCUGACAGGGAGAGUUUCCAACAAGCUGUCCGAGGUUGCGACCACUUUGAGAUAAUAAGAGCCCUGAAGGUACAUAGUGCUAAAGGCAAAGACAUUGCUAUGAAGUUCCAUUUGAAAGUUUGGCGACGUAGCCCUCAAGAUGACAGACCAACUUUUUCCUUCGCGGCAAAUGAGAUUGCCCACAUGGAGUUUCAUAUUCGAUGGUUUAAAAAGAACCCGGAACUAAGAGGAGAGACCAAGCUGGUACUAAGAUUAUAUUCGAAGGGUGACGACUUGGUGGAUGAGCCCGAACCCGUCGAGCCGCGAAGGUUAUCUUUCACGUUUGGAAUGAAAAGAUUAUCCGGGAGUUCGGCCCAGACGAAUAUAUCAGAUUCGCAUUCGACUUCACGGUCACGCUCCUCUUCAGUAAAAACCCCGCCUCUUAUGUUGUACGAAGGCCGAGGAAUAGAGCCGCCUGAUGAUGUUCGAAAUUUAGAAUAUCUAGAAAUAGAGUUCUUAAACUCGGAGAUUCGGAAAUCCUUCGUACAGGCGUGUCUCGAGGCACACCGCCCAACCUUGGAGGUUUCGAGGAGAAACAGUACGCCGAGCUCCUCCUCACAACAGUCGUCCCCGAGACCUCCUAGUUGGACUUUGGGGCCGAACCAGGGUCCACACGAACUAGAAUACUCGAGUAAAUACGAACUAUCAGCGGACCCUAGAGUCUACGAGAUGAUGGGAGACUCGGAGUUUCAAAUGCCUCCUCCGAGCUUGACAACGCCAUAUUCCCCCGGGGAGGUUCGGUUCAAUACUCGUUCCCUAUUCGCACCAUCACGAGCGACUGAUUACGAGAAAAUUCAAGAAACGGAUGAAUAUCACGGAUAA